AUGGCGCGAGCUGCAGUGAUCCCCCAAUCACCCACGAAGCGGGCGGGUCGAACCUCGACCAAAUCCACAGCUGCCGCCGACGCGAAGAAAAAGGCCCCUCGAAAGGCAACACCAGCACCACGGACCGUCACCCCCGCCCUCGAUGCCGACUCGGAUGAUGAGCUAGGAUUUGUCACAAGCAAACCUGCAAAAAUCAGCGCACGCCCCGUUAGCCGACCAGCAACAAAGCCAAAAGUGACCACGACAGCCCGAGCAAGGAAAGCUCCUUCAGCUCCCCUUGCUGACGAGUCAAAGAGCCAAAAGAAUGACCGCAAACAUGAGCUAGAACAACAAACAGAAGCACCAAAGAAGCGCGUUGGAAGGCCAAGAAAAACUCCACCCCCAGCCACAGCCACCGUCCCCAAGACAGAGGCAGCACCCAAACCCAGGGGACGCCCAAGAGUAGCAACAACAGCCAAGGCCCCCGUGGGCCGUGAAACGGCGGCCACAAGCAGACGGACUAGAAAGGCAGCUGAUGUAACGAAUGAGACGAAACCGACCACAAUAAGGAUCGCGACUAAUUCGACCACGAUGCGCUCAAAUCUCCUGCGUGGACCCGCCAAGAAGAAGACCGUCACAUUCCAGGAUCCCUCUGAUUCCGAAGCCGAGCAAUCCGAGCCCGAGGUUCCUGCUGCUGGCCGUAGGAGGGUAGCGCCCAAGGCUGCAGGUGCCGGUAACGCUGGACUCCGAGCGACCGCAGUCCGCAAGUCUGCCACAACUGGUACUCGCGGAAGGAAGCCAGCUACAGCAAAGAAAACUGCAACUCAACCGUUAUCCCCUAAGAAGGCCAAGCAGGUGGCUAAAUCUCUAUCAUCAUAUGCAAGCUCUGAUGGAGAAGACGAUGAAUUAAACAUCACCAAGGACGAUAUCAAUGAUACGGUCAAACUCACUGUCCACUCACCGGUCAGACAUGGCUUGGAGAAUACCGGACUGAGUUCUCCCGUACGGAGAAUUAACUUCACACCGAAGAAAGCUUCCAGCUUCGUGGACGAGAAUGGCGAACCGAAAAUAUCAACCCCCAAACACGGAUCAGAAGGGACCGGUCUUAGCUCCCCAGUCAGGAAAAUCAACUUUACCCCAAACCGAAGCCAGAACGCGAUGGCAAAUAGUGGUCAUCUCGCUCUUCCACCCGGCAAUACAAUUGAUUUUAGCGAAUCUUUGUUCAUGUGUAGCCCGGCAAGACGGGCACCGCAAUCGUCCCCAUUCCGAUUUUCCUUGAGAGAGACCCCCAAUCGGGGAGGUUCUCUCUUCCGAGACAGUGUGAACCCGAUUGCAGCACCCGAUUUUACACCUGGACAUAAUUCUCCACUCAAGAUGUCACCGAAGAAGGGUUUGUUGGGUGCUUCAUUCUCGCAAUCAGCAUUCAAGCCUGAUGCCCCAACAGUCCUCGCCAGGACUCCCCUGUUUCAAAGCCCCGCGAAGAGAAUAGCUUCUCCAUUCAAAAGUUCGAUAUUCUCUACUCACGUCUCACUGGAACAGCCUGAGACCACAGACAACGAGGGAACCCCAUCCAACGCAGUGGAUCCCGAACAAAGCACUACUCCCAAAUCUUCGCCACGAGAUAGCGAAGCGGACGAACUGGCUUUGGAAAAAGACAUGGAAAUGGUUGAGGACGUCGCUCGAAAUAUCUUUGGCAUUGAGUUGUCAUCUGAUAGCAAGACAUCAACAACGUCUCCUGCCCCUGAAUACCAGACAGCCACCGAAGAAGUCAAAACGUCAGACAGUGAUGGAAACACUGACUCUCUUUAUGCGGAGGCUGAGCUCGAACCCGACCUCGAGGAAGAUUCAGAGAUUGACGACAACGCAAAUGACAAUCUCCAAGACAAGGAAGAAGAAAUUGAAACAAUUUGCUUCGAUGUUAUGGAAGAGGUCAAUUUGCCCACACAGGACAUCGAUGACCAAAAGACCUUAUCCUCUGAAGCCGGUGAAGCACUUGAAGAAGAGGAUCAAUUUGAAUAUGAAGAGGCGGACACCAUUUGCUUUGACGCCAUGGAGGAGGCUCAAAUGCAAAUGGAGGAUAUUCAUGACCAAGAAGUCCAAGAAGCCUCGGGUUCUGAGGACGGCGACGCCUUCCAAGAUGAGGACCGGUUUGAGUAUGAAGAGAUCGACACAAUUUGCUUCGAUACUAUGGAAGAUGCUCACAUGGCAACUCAUGAACAAGAAGUCGAAGAAGCUUCGGGCUCCGAAGAGGAUGAAUCUCUUCAAAAUGAAGACCAGUUGGAGUACGAGGAGAUCGACACAAUUUGCUUCGAUACUAUGGAAGAUGCUCAUAUGGCAAUUCAUGAACAAGAAGUCGAAGAAGCUUCGGGCCUCGAAGACGAUGAAUCCCUUCAAAAUGAAGACCAGUUCGAAUACGAGGAGAUCGACACGAUUUGCUUUGAUGCUAUGGAAGACGCGCACCACGCUGAACAUGAAUUGCAUGAGCAAGAACUCCAGGUGGCAGAGCCAGCCAUGGAGGGCAGCAAUCACACCGACAAAGAGCUAGCAGUGCUGGAAACUGAGAUUGAGGAGGAAGAGCUACAAAACACCAACACUGGAUUCCAGCCCGAAGAACCAAACCCGGAAUACUUGGAACAAAACGAUAUGCAGGAAUCAGACACAGAGGACCAACCAAGAGACCUUCCUUCGCCCUCUGACUCGGAAUUCAGAUUCUCCUAUCUCGACCAUGCUCCGCCAGCCGCUAUCUUGGGAGAUUCCAUGGAAAAUGGAAAAGAAGAACAUGAAGAGGCCCUUUGCCAGUCCGAUAGAGAGGAUGAAAUCAUGAGCGAUGAGCAUGAAGUGGAAGAUCCCGAGCCCACGCCAACCGAACCCGAGUUCUCUAUAGUCUCAUCUCAGCUUCCUUCCCCACAUGAGGGCAACCAUGUGGAGAAGGCUACAAGCCCGCUUCAAGUGAACCAAGAAACCCCUUCUCCAUUGUCGAGUCCCACAGUUGGUGGAUCUGCUUCGUUGUCCUUGAGAUCCCCAGACCACACCGAGAAUGAACAUGGCCCCACUAUUGAUACCAAGAAUGCCAAUAGUGCGACCAUUGACAUACCCCUGCAUGAAGGAAAUAGCCGGUCGCCAAGCACUGGGGUUGAUAGCUCUGCGUUGAUGGCACCCAGUCUCUUCAACACACCAAGCAUCUCCAGUGCACACCAAUCUCCCGCUGAGACUAAAUUGGGCUUCACACCAUUGGCACAGAAGUUUAGUCGUUGGGAGCAAAAUACCCCUUCUCAAGCUAGAUCACUCCGACCGCGCCGACGUGGUGUUUUCUCGCUGGUAGGCCCUCUGGACCGUACCAACACAGAAACACCGACAACUUCUGGUGGUGUAUCAUAUCCGGAUUUGUCCAAAAGCCCUCUGUUGCACACUCCGUCUUUGCUUGCCGAACCGCCACUCCAGCCUGAAGGCGAUGAUGCUUGCUUGAGCCCUGAGCAUGAACAAACCCUACAGCGAUCUUCACUCUAUGAGGACCAUCAGAUAAUUAAUUCAGCAGCCAAAGCCACGGAUAUCUUCGAGGAUCCUGACUCGGGCUCCAAUGAACUAGAUCAUAGUUUUGCCACCGAAUUCCCGCAAGAGCAUGAACCAGAGUCUCAUCCGACCGAUGACAAAGAGAACUGUGGCCCAUCCGCAAUCGCCCCGUCAACCCCAAUGAAACCCCGAGUUCAAUCUGACGGACUUCGCACCAUUCACACAGUGUCGAAAGUGCCUUUGAAAGCCGAAGGCGAGGAAUCUCCUCUCAAGCUGCCUCGCAAGAGGGGUCUUUCCCUUCUGAGCACAUCUCCUACGCGCUCUUCUCCCCGCGUUCGCAAACCAACCUUGAUGGCACUGAACGACAGUGUACCAAUUCUGUCUCCUUCCCGGAAGUCACCGCGGGCGAGCAGAAGUCCGACCCCAAAACGUCGGUCUGUCGCAGCCAGACGAAGCAGUGGCAUAGCACCAGUGAUUGCUGCACCCGGUGGUGCUGUCGCGACCGCCAGUCCUAUUAAAAAGGUUCGUCGUAGUCUCACCACCGAACAAAAGGCGCUGCACGGCGCAGUGGUGCAUGUGGAUGUUCAUACCACUGAGGGUGAGGAUGCCUCCGGUAUUUUUGUGGAACUUCUCCAGCAAAUGGGCGCCCGAUGCGUGAGGUCUUGGGCUUGGAACCCUCGUUCCAGUCUUUCCCCCGCUGAUGCUCCAGAACCUAAGGAUAUGCGAGUUGGCAUCACCCAUGUUGUGUACAAGGAUGGUGGUUUGCGGACCUUGGAGAAAGUCAAGAAGGCGGCUGGUCUUGUCAAGUGCGUUGGAGUUGGCUGGGUCCUUGAUUGUGAACGAGAGAACCAGUGGCUCGAUGAGACCCCAUAUGCUGUCGACAGUUCUAUUAUUCCGCGAGGGGGCGCCAAGCGCCGCAAGAGUAUGGAACCGCGUGCGCUCAGCAAUGUAAACGGCACGCUCGUGCGCAUCUCGCAGUCCCCUGCGCCAUGUCCCGGCGGACGCCGCAGCGGUGUCAACCCCGGUGCUGUCGAGACCUUCCGCAAGAUCACACCGCCAACCCAUCAGCCGAUGCCCUCCACACCCCCACAACAAGCAUCUGCUGAUAGCUACCAAUUCCCUGCUACCCCUGGUUACAACUUUGCCAACCUUGAUGCAAUUGGCAUGUCGCCCGCCACACCAGGAUUCCUUGGAAAUCAUUCCAAGCUUAUCCAGCAGUCUUGCCCACCGAAGCAGACUAACCGAGGCUUGUUCCCUGGUGCUAAGCCUACCAGCCGUCUAUCUAACGAAGGGGAGGACGAGGAAUCCAGGCGUAAACGUCGUUUCCGUAUGGAGGCUGCUCGACGCAAGAGCCUUGUUUACAAGCCUGCUGUUCGUAGCUCGCUUGUUCCUUGA